AUGUACGAGGCGGCGCAGUCACUCCUCCGACACUACCUGGAGUAUCUCAGCAGUCCGGCGCCUCAUAUCAAAGCACUCUUCACCUAUCCGGUCAAAUCGUGCCGUGGAAUAGAACUCGCGGCUUCAGAGGUCGAACCUUGGGGGCUGAAGUAUGACCGCUCCUUUACCUUUGCCGAACUUAGACCGCAAUCGACAGGCGAUUCCGCAGAGGGAACAGACGACCGUGAAUGGCGCUUCAUCACGCAGCGGGAAUACCCCCGACUUGCCCUGAUCGAAACAGAACUCUGGGUACCCGACCCGCGUGCGGUGAAGACUUCCAAGAAGACCGAGAAGAAGAAUGCGCGAAACGCCUCUCGUCGGAGCCCGCUAAGCCAGGAGAUCAGCGCGGACGAUGCACUGGAUGUGGACAAGAAGACAGAUGUGGCGAGCCAUGGCGGCUACCUCAUCAUUCGCUUUCCAUUGAAGCCAAGUUUGAUUCCAUUCAGCUUCCGCCCGAACGCUGUAUCGUUGAAUAUCCCACUGGUCCCGUCCCAAGAGCACGGCGCGGAAAAGAACUACCACCUCGAGCCAAUCUCCAUCUGGGUAGAUCGUAUACAAUCGAUCAACAUAACGGGAGAGAUCCCGGCCGAUACUCUCAGCAAGCUACAGGAAUUCCUCGGAGUCCGCAACACACUCGGCUUGUUUCGUGUGGACUCCCUCCACCGCCGAGACAUCAGCAGAUCUCUACCCAAGGACCGACCAGGCGAGUCGUACUCUGUGGGCUUCGGCGACGCAUUCCCCUUGCAUCUGAUGAGCAUGGCGAGUGUGUAUGCACAAGAUGCAAAUCUCCCGGCCAAGGCGGCAAUGAAAGGUAGGCUGGACGCUCGACGCUUCCGAGCGAACAUCUAUGUGGACGGUGUGCCGGAAUACGACGAGGAUGACUGGAAGAAAAUCCACGUGGGGCGCGGUAUUCAGCCCAAAACACAUGCAAAGGUCAAGGGAGGCGCAGCGAAGGGGAAGACGAUUUCACACGGCGACCAGACAUACGUAGAGACGGAAGGAGAGUAUCACGUGGCUUGCCGCACCGCUCGCUGCAAGAUGCCCAAUGUCGAUCAAGAGUCCGGGGUGAAGGACACGAAUGAACCGCUGACAACGAUGAGAAGGACACGGCAGGUGGACGAGGGAGCCAACCCUCAUCCCUGCUUGGGCAUGCAGAUGAUUCCGCUGUUCCAACAAGGCAUCCUUCGGGUCGGAGACGAGGUGAAGGUUGUAGAACGGGGCGAGCAUUAUUACGAGAAGAUGCUAUAA